AUGACCGGACCCAGCGAAGGAAUUAUUGGGGCCGAACCAGCCGGAAUUAUUCUCCGUAGCAAAUAUAAUUUUCCCUCUCCCAUGCGUCCCUGUUCUCAAGGUCAAGGACAAUUUAACGGUUUAGUGUUAGAAAUUGACGAAAAUAGCAACCGGCAAGAAACGCAAAUUCAAAGAAAAGUCGCAUCUCCCCGGCGGCCUCAACCACCUCCGCCACCUCAGCCUCCUCCGUAG